AAACUUUGCUUCCUUUUCUGUCGUGUUCUUUUUUCUUCCGCACCACCAACUGCUGUAGGAGUCCGCUUUUGUGUCUCUUUUGUUUAUUUAUUUUUGAAAGCUUUUUGAGAUACUACUUACUCUUCUGUCUACUCUAUUCGCAUUUUUGACACGUCGAGAUGACCUUUUAUAUACUAGUUGUAUCUUUAUAUUUAUCAUUGUUUCUAGUAACUGUUGUACAGUCCGAUUGUGAUACCGAUGUUGAACAGAGGGAAAGAAAUAUAUUCUUGUGGUCAGUAAAACAUCCCCAGUUCGCAUCAUCUCAGGGAUAUCUUUUUGGUACAAUUCAUGUGCCAUUCACCGAGGUUUGGAAGGAAGUGAGCGACCGAGUGCGUGAUGCAUUUGCGGUGUCAGACACAGUUCUCUUGGAAAUUGAUUUACAUGAUGAAGCAACAAUUCAUGAGUUGAUAGCUUGUAAGAACUUGGCAUAUGAUGAGACUGUGCACUCUUAUCUUUCCAUUGAAUUAUUGGAAAGAAUAGAGAAAAUUAUGGAAUAUCUUCGCUCAAGUUUCCUUGCCUGGGCCCAGAAACAAAAUCCACGGGACACAAAGAAGAUAAAGCAUGCUGAAGAUAUCUACAACAAUAUCAUAGGAGAUUGGUGGAGAAAACGCCCAAUUUGGUUAUUAUUUCUGCUCUAUCAAAUGUGCGAAAAUGUGUUUGAAAAAAGUUCAAGUCCAUUACUAGAUUUGUACAUUGCACAAAGAGCCACCGACGAGAAGAAGACAAUUAUCCCGAUUGAAACCGCCGAGGAGCAAUGCAAUCCAGUUGUUUCAGUUUCUACCAAUGAAAUUAUCUUUGCAAUAGAGCAUACUGUGCACUAUUUUGAAGAUAAAAUCUUGGACAAUCCAUCAAAGGAUAAUGAGUCUAGAAGCAGUUUGAAAGAGCUCGUCGAACAUUAUAAGUGUGGGACUCUGAAGGAAGAUAUGUUUGAUAAAGAUGGAAUGUCUAUAAUUGACUAUGCAACUGGAACAACAGAACGGUUUAAAGCUGACGAGAUCAACAAAAAGUUGAAGCAGGAUAUUUUUGUAAAACGAAAUUUGAGAAUGGCCAAACGGAUAGAGAAGAUUUUGAAGGGUCGAAAUAGUAACACUGUAUUUUCUGCAAUAGGCGCUGGACACUUUUUUGGAAGCAGUAGUGUGUUAACAUAUCUUGAAGAGAGCGGAUUUAUAGUUCAGAAGUUAAAAAAUACAGAUGUGAUUCAACCCCUACGAUCUCCCUACCGUCAAACCGCAAAGUUCAAACGUGUAUGGACCAAGGAAACCGCAGUUCGUCGAAAAUCAAUAAUCAUCGAAGAAGUAGCACCAUCGUCCAGUCGAAUUGCUAGAUUAUGGCUAGUUCCGUGUAUUUUUCUUUUACAUUCCAUCUUUGCCAUUUUCCCAUGAACAACUUUCAACUUUCAAUC